UCCAAGCGCCGAGCGGCUGGGAGCGGCUGGGAGCGGCGGCGGCUCCGGGGGGCGCGGUGGGUGCCUGACCCGCCCCCGCCCGCACUCCCACCUGCGCGGCCCGCCGGGCAGCCGGCGCCGCGCUCCUCCCCGGUGGGUGUUCCUGCGGGAUGGCGGGCAGAUCCAUUGGCUCUUUCGAACGGCGCUCCAGAGGGCUCUGCAUGGCGCCCGGAGAGCCAGGGGCGGCUGACAGUUGGAGCUGGUUGGGAGAGGCGAGCGCGUCGCGUCCGGACAGAAAAACGCCGGGUCCAGCCACAGGUGCCAAGCCGCCCGUCCCUGGGCCGAUGCCGGACGCAGAUUUGAAUUCUUCCUGAUCACACCCAUGGCGGUACAGGCUGGGAUUCAGGUGUGGUUCGGAGAGAGGUUUGACCUUCCUGUGCUGAGUCCGCGAAGCCCUCUGACCCCCAGGCACGGCCCCGGUCUGGCAGAUGUGUUCCAGUAUGACCAGUGGCUCGCGGUGAGACAUGAGGCGGCCCUGGUGCCCAUGCAGGAAGACCUGGCGAUCUGGCUCACGGGCAUGCUGGGAGCAGAAGUAAGAGCAGAUGCCUUCAUGGAGGAUCUGGACAACGGGGCGCGACUCUGUCAGCUGGCCAGCAUCCUGCAGGGAAAAGUGAAGGAAUGCUGUCACCCCGACAGGUGGAAGCACUUUCCUAUGAAAAGGGUCCCAUGCAAGAAGGAUGCCUCCCCUGGAUCCUUCUUCGCCCGGGACAACACUGCUAACUUCCUCUGCUGGUGCAGGGAGCUGGGAGUGGACGAGACGUACCUCUUCGAGUCGGAGGGCUUGGUGCUGCACAAAGAGCCACGCCAGGUGUGCCUUUGCCUGCUGGAAAUUGGACGGAUUGUGUCUAAAUACGGCGUGGAGCCACCAGUCUUAGUCAAGCUGGAGAAGGAGAUUGAACUGGAGGAAACACUGCUCAUCACCAGGGGGCCUGUCAGUGUUUUAACCCCUCCAGUCAAAACCUUCAGCGUGUGCUGUCAGCAUGGAGACCUUCAUGAGGCUUCCCCCUCAGCAGCCUGGGUGAGAUUUAUGGGCACUGACCAACUAGCCCUUCGGACUGAACAGGUUCAGCAUAUUGCUGAUGACCCUCCUUGUAACUGCUCUCAUAGGUUUUCCAUUGAGUAUUUGUCUGAAGGCAGAUACAGACUAGGAGACAAGAUCCUGUUCAUCAGGAUGCUGCACGGGAAGCACGUGAUGGUGCGCGUCGGCGGCGGCUGGGAUACGCUCCAGGGCUUCCUGCUGAAGUACGACCCCUGCCGGGUGCUCCAGUUCACCACGCUGGAGCAGAAGAUCCUGGCCUUCCAGAAGGGCAUGGCGAGCCCCGCGCUGGCCGUGCCGGCCUCGCCAGGCAGGUCCCCUCAGCCUCCCGCCAUGCACCCCCUCUCGGCCGUCCGCUUGUCCCGCCCCAGCGGCCCUUCUCCGGGUCCCAGGGUGACCGCGAGAGCGCCGCCGUCCUCGGCCGCCGCCGCGCCGCGCCUGGCGAAGAGGCCGCCGGCGCCUUCCAAGGCCUCGCGCCUGCCCCCUUCUCCUCCUGCCGGGAGACUGCAGGGCUGCACGCCGAAGACAAGGACACCCUCAGCGCUCACCACAAGUCUCGAGAGCAGGGCGAGGCGCGCCCAGUCUCCUUCGACAAGUUCCCCAGUGGUGUCCAGGCUGACUCCUUCACCCCGGUGCACCACACCCCUGGGCAGGGACCCACCUGUCCGCUCUAAACCAGCGUGGAAACCCCCCAAGCCUACGAACUCGAGCCCGGCCCAGUUGACCAAAGCUGCCCCCUCCCCUUCCCGGUGCUGUCCAGCGCCCUCCGCAUCCAGGACGGCUUCGGCUUGUUCUGACCCCACGAGCCCGUCUGCGUUGGCUUCGAGGGGGCCUCCCAGAAGGGGCGGGGAACAGGCCGGGCCACCUCCAGCUCCUGUUCCUGCGCCAGCCACUCUUCAGAGAAGGCUUUCCCACAGACGGCCAGGGUCGCCUGCGGCAGCUCUGAGGCUGAACACCCAGGGCCUCGGGGCACCGAAACCGACUCCCCGUCCGCUCAGGGCCGGCACCCCCGCCAAGCCAGAGACUCCCACGCCCAAGUGCCAUCCCAGCUCCAAGCCCUCUCCUCUCGCACGCUCUGGGCCUUCCAAGGCAGCAAAAAAUCAGCCCCCCGCACCUAAACCGAUGCUUUCUACUGAGACAAAGGUUCAGACCCAAAGCCAGCCUUCUUCUAGGGCUGUAACAAAAAAUCCCAAAGCCUCAAGACAUCCAACCGCUCCCUCCAGCUCCACCGUGCGGAGUCCGUUGUCCGUUGUCAAGAUUUCCCAGACUACGGUCCAAGCCCCAGAAGGCCCAGCGCGCCGGGCCCAGCCCGCCGGUCAGACUGCGGUGAGAGGGCUGCGCCCAGCUCAGAAGAAGCCCUUUAUAACUGGAAAGGCUCCCCUCUCCUCCAGUAGGACUGCUCCAUGUGUCAAAAGAAAUCCCGAACUCAAGAGCAAAGGUGAAGACCCUUAUUUUGUAAUGAACGGCAAGAAGAAGCAGAAAAGUUAAAUCUUGUGCAGAUGGCAAGGAGAGAACUGUCUUCCAUGUUUGGACAUAUAAAAAUAUUUUUUUUCCUGUAAAGUGUCACGAAAUUAUAAAACAAAGCAUGUUUGAGGUUGUGAUUUUGCACCAGGUUUUCAGUACAAGGAAGAGGUUCCACCAUUAAUUUAAUUUGUGUUUUGGGGGUGCCUGGCUUUGCUACCUCACAGCUGUUCGCUGGGCUUGAUUCCAAACCAGGGUAUUUUCUGUGUGAGCUCUGCAUGUUCCCCCUGUUAACUGGCGUCUCUAGUUUGUCUGGGUGCCUGUCUGUGCCGAACCCGCUAGACUAGACUAUUGUAGGUCAGGCAUAGAAUCAAGACACUGCCGCACCAGUUGAAGGGGGAACUGAAGGAAGACUAGUCUGUACAAACCUGGAGUGGUAUUCAGUCAGAGCAGUUGGUUUUACAGCCCUUCUCAUUGACCAAGGAUUCAGUAUCUGAACAUCUCAGCUGAGGGCAUCAUCUCCAAUCUGAAUACUAGGGCAUUGGUUUGAUCUAGGUGGAGGGCCACCUCCUGUCCCACCUGCAUCACUGGAGGUCCAGCCAUCAUUGUGUCUGCGAGGAGCUGGCUGACAGUGUGUGACUGUGUGCAAGGAGAGCGUCAGUGCCUCCUCCACUGCCCCAUCUGUGUUGACUGUGAAGCUUGCAGUGAGAAACACCACUUCACAGCUCCAGCAAUGCGUUUCAAAGGAAAACGUGCACAGCCUGCAUUCUUCAGUCCUUCUAUCAGGGUUUAGAAAAGAAAGCCAAGUUGAUUAGCGCUAUGCGAUUUCAAAAUUGCAUGGUAAAAUAAAUCCAUCCAUUCAUCUUCUAAUCACGUCAGCCAGUUCAGGGUCACAGGGGAAGCUGGAGCCUCUUCUGGCAAGCAACGGCUGCAAGUUGACUCUCGACGGGCAGACACACACGCACACACGCACACACACACACACACACCAGGGCCAGUCAACCCGUAUGUCUUUAGACUGGGAGAAAACUGGAGCUCCCGGAGGAACACAGGGGGAACAGACUGGGGAACAAACUCCACACGGACAGCACCCCAGGUCCAGAGCUGAACCCAGGGCCCCAGCGCUGCCAGGCAGCAACGCUGACCACUGUGCUGCCGUGCCGCAGUAAGAUCAUUCAUGAUUCCAGUUUUGUUUUUUUAAUUAAUGUUUGCAAUGGUAGCGCAGUGUUUAUUAAAUAUUGCAUCUUUUUUUUGUUUUAAGUCAGUGCUGUCACAUUCGAACAUAGUACAGGACAUGAGAAAAAUAUAAUAUUGAAGAGAAAGUUUAAAAAUAAACCACCAUUUCGCUA